GUUUCACCCGAUAACGAACCGCAUCAACUGCACAUUUCAAGCAGUUCAGCCAAUAAUGAAGAAAUUCGUGGUGGGGUUAUUGUUGAUGGUUAUUAUUGUGGACAUGUUUUGUCCAUCUGAAGCUUGGUGGGCCUUGAGAAGACGUCGGCGUAGAGGCACACGUUGUACGAUAAGAAAAAUGAAAGACGAGGGAUGGCUACAUAAUUUCGACGGAUAUUUGAAAUUCAAAUGUUCUCCAGGAAAAGCAAUAAGGAAAGUUGAAUCGGUUUACAGUUCCUGUGCCAAGGACCGCGUGUUCAAAUUCGGUUGUGCAUCUAACCAGCACACAAAGGAARUACAGAAGUGYGAUUGGUCCCAWCACUGGAUCAAUGACUGGGACAAGCCCAUUGUUUUCAUGUGCCCAAACCAUGGUUUUAUGGCCGGGAUAGAAAGCAUCCAUAGUAGUCGCUAUGAAGACAGGAAAUUCAGGUUCUAUUGUUGCCAUAGCCACGUUCACCAUGCCCGUUUCUGUAAAACCAGUCGCUACGUGAACAAUUGGAGGACUUAUAUCAAUUUCCGGGCGCCACGGGAUCGAUUCAUCGUUGGGGCAACCAGUUUUCACGACAACGGUCAAGAGUUUACUAGCAGCCUGUGAACCUCACUACACCGUGGAAGAAACCCAGAAAAAAAACGAUAAAUCUUAAAGACAAAAUCCUAACAUGAUGUAAAUUAACGUAAGGGAAUAAGAAAUGAAUAAUAAAGGUAAACAAGCAACA